CAAAAAGUUCAACCACCUCACUUUCGUCAUUCUCUUUCUCGGUUCGAUUUCUACCAUUGGUGUCUCGCGCGUCGCAGUAACAUAGUCAUCAUGGAUGACUACUUAGAAUUCAACCGGCUAUUCGGCGGCUUAGACCCCUUUCCUUACAGCCGCACAGUCACCUUGAGCAUCGAAUCCGCCCGUCGGAGUCUCGAUGGCGCCCUUUUCAUAGAUCGCGUGUUGACGGCAUUAAACCUCGGACAAGCCGUGAAUCACUAUCCCCCAAAGAACAAAGAUGCUCUCCGCCAGUGGCACCAGCUCAUCUGCUCCGACAACAACAACAACAUCACUCUGCACCACAAGCUCUCGAUAGUAUACUACAUUCUCCUCGACAUCGGUGGACGCUGCGGCGGUGCCGAUCGCGCCGAGCGCUUCGCCAAGUACGCGAGCAUUCCCGACCGCUACCAGAUCUUUAUGAAAGGUCUGUGGCUCAUGGACACGCGCAACUUCGAGCUCGCGCUCGAACACCUCACGCACCCCUCGCUGAUCUCCGACUUCGCCGACGACAUCAUAACCGUGCUCGUGCACCACGCCAAGGACGGCGACUACAGCCUCCCGCUCGCAUACUACCACACCGUGCAGCCCAGCAUCCAGUCUUCGGGUGCGCUCGAGGCGCUGUUCGAUGCCGUGGCCCAGUCUAACGUCAUGGCGGCCUUCGACUUCUCCCGCUCCCACGCUGAUUACAUGCGCCGUCAGCUCUUCCAGCGGCUGGUGUUGAGCGUGUUGGGCUCUGGUCGUGGUGAGGAAGCUGCCGAGAAAGCCUUUGAGCUCACAAGCCUGCCGCUUGAUGCUGAUGAGGAGCAGUGGUUCAGGGAAUGUCUAGAGAGUGGCGAAGCGAAGAGGUUUAAAACAGCCAAGGACACUCUGGUCAUGCGCCGGAUUGUAACUGGACAGAGCGUUGGAGUAAAUGAGAAGGGUAGCUGGGCCACAGUAUUGGAGGGCUUUAAAACAGGUAGUGGUGGCCGCGUCGGAGUUUGAUGCCGCUUCUCCUACGUAUUUCUAUGGUUUCAAAUUGCAUAGCGUUGGCGUUUCGAGACUAAAAAUUUUAUUUCUUCACGAAUGUCAGAAUGCGAUACUCAAAUUUCUUGAGAUUCGAGGACAGAGCCAUGCUGCCCUUCAAGAACUGUAAGAGCGCUCGGAAAGACUUCACAAGGCUGUAUUUUAGACAUUGUUCGGGUAUACCCAUCCUUACUGUACAAGCAGUCAUGAAUGAUUAUCGCCAGCCUUAGCAGCCGGGUACAUAUGCUGAGACUUGACACUUGAGUAAUCUCAUCAGACGGCGGUAGUGGGAACUUACCUAAAGAGAGCGUCUUCAAACCACCAUCGUCAUCCAGUAGCGGUCCAUAACCAGC